AUGGAUAAAAGUUGGUUAAAUAUUAGGAAUAGAGUUGAUCAAAGGUAUAGAGAUGGAGUGGAAGGUUUUCUUAAUUGGACAUUUAGUCAACCCGGGGUGAACACUAUGAUUCGAUGUCCUUGUAAAGGGUGUAUGAAUACAGUGUUCAAGCUAAAAAAUGAUGUAAGAGGAGACUUAUUAAAAAAGGGCUUCUGGGAUUCUUAUAAAGUGUGGGACUUGCAUGGAGAAGUGUUAGCUAGAGUUGAAAAUUCUAAUGUCACACAUAGAGAUGAAGUAGAGGAUGAUAGCACUGAAGAUGAUGACAUUACUGGAAUGAUUCACGAUGCUUGUGGAUAUACAAAUGUGGAGAAUAAUACGAAUUCUUCAGAGGGUAAUGAAGAGCCAAAUAUCCAUGCAACAAAGUUCUACAAACUAUUAAAAGAUGCUCAGACAGAACUUUAUCCUGGUUGCACAAAAGUCUCAAAGUUGUCUUUUAUUGUUAAAUUACUUCACUUGAAGUGUCUUAAUCAUUGGAGCAACAAAUCGAUGGAUGAGUUAUUAAUCUUCUUUAAAGAAGUUCUUCCCAAUGGGUCAUUUGUGCCUACCUCUUUCUAUGAAGCAAAGAAAGUUCUUCGUGACCUAGGCUUGGGGUAUACCAAAAUAGAUGCAUGUCAGAAUGAUUGUAUUUUAUAUUGGCGCGAUUAUGCCAAUGCUCAAUCAUGUCCCAAGUGUGGUAAGUCUAGAUGGAAGUCACAGGAACACAAAGGCAAGAAAGUAGCUCAUAAGGUAUUGCGACAUUUUCCUAUCAAACCAAGGCUUCAAAGACUAUACAUGGCAAAAGAGACAUCAAAGAAAAUGAGGUGGCACAAGGAAGACAAUAUUGAUGAUGGUGUCAUGCGACAUCCGUCUGACUCAAUAGAAUGGAAAUCUUUCAAUGAGCAUCAUCCUACUUUUUCAGAUGAAUUAAGAAAUGUCCGAUUAGGUUUAGCAAGCGACGGAUUCCAACCUUAUGGAAAUAUGAGUACCAAUCAUAGCAUUUGGCCUGUCAUUCUAGUUACAUAUAAUCUGCCACCAUGGGAUUGCAUGAAGAGUUCAUAUUUCAUGAUGACACUUCUUAUUCCAGGCCCUAAGUCUCCUGGCAAUGAUAUUGAUGUAUACUUACAACCAAUGAUUGAAGAGUUGAAAGAAUUAUGGGAUGGGGUGGAGACUUAUGAUGCACACUCAAAAUAUAAUUUUCUUAUGCGUGUGGCUCUCAUGUGGAUGAUUAAUGACUUUCCUGCAUAUGGGGACCUUUCUGGAUGGUCAACCAAAGGAAAGCUUGCAUUUCCUUGUUGCCAUAAAGACACACAAUCGAUUUCCUUACGUAACAAGUUGUGUUAUAUGGGUCAUCGUCGCUUCCUUCCCACAAAUCAUCCAUGGCGUAGAAAUAGGGUGUUAUUUGAUGGGAAAGUGGAAAUAGGUGUCGCACCUAGCCCUUUAACAGGUGAUGAAGCACUUAUACAGUUACAAAAUUUGGGCAAUGUGAGUUUUGGUAAAUGA